ACUCAUUAUCUCAUCUCAGUCGUCUCCUCUUUCCUCUUUUCUCCAGCGUCCGAUCCCCUCUCUUUCUUCCCCUCAACUAAUCCAAUCCCCGUCUCUCCCGCCCUUUUUUUCCUUUUUAUUUUUUUUAUAUAUAAUAUAUAUUUCAAUUUUCAUUUCUACUAAGGGUUUUGGCCAUGGCGGAAGCACUGGCACCGGCGAGUCCCGGCGGAGGAAGCCACGAGAGUGGCGAGCAGAGCCCGAAAUCGAAUGUGCGAGAACAGGAUCGGUUUCUACCUAUAGCUAAUAUCAGCCGUAUUAUGAAGAAGGCUCUUCCUGCUAACGGCAAGAUCGCUAAAGAUGCUAAGGAGACUGUACAAGAGUGCGUCUCUGAGUUUAUCAGCUUCAUCACUAGCGAAGCUAGUGAUAAGUGUCAGAGAGAGAAGAGGAAGACUAUUAAUGGGGAUGAUCUGCUCUGGGCUAUGGCGACUUUAGGGUUUGAGGAUUACAUUGAUCCGCUUAAGAUUUACCUUUCCCGAUACAGAGAGAUGGAGGGUGAUGCUAAGGGCUCGGCUAAAGGUGGAGAUGCGUCUGCUAAGAAGGAUGUCCAACCAGGCCCAAAUGGCCAGCUUGUUCAUCAAGGUUCAUUCUCACAAGGUGUUAAUUAUGGGAAUUCUCAAGCCCAUCUGAUGCUUCCGAUGCAAGGCACUGAUUAGUGAUCACUGAUCACCGUUCUGCAAAUUCCAUUAUCUAUAUCCAGUAAUUAUCGUGUUUCGGCUCUGCAACAAAUAGUUUCCAGGCAUCCAUCUGAUAUGGAGGACCGACAUCAUGGAUGGUAUGCAUACUCUUUAUCUUGUAAGCUAUUGUUUUCUAGUAAUAUUUGUCUCUAUCAGAUGUUCUUUGGAAUAGAUUCAUUUUUUGUUUUCAAAGAAUUGUGUAAAUCUCGUCAGAUUAUUAUCGUAGGUCUAACGGCGUCGUUUAGGUAAACCUGUUUGUGCUACUUAUGUUCAUCCUAUUUUUAUAUGGCUUGGAACGAUUUAAAGUCCAAUUGUUGAGUCAAAAUGACUUUAUCUA